AUGGAUCCAUCAAAUCAUAAAAUUCUAAUGCAAGAGUUUCAUCAAGUUGCCUACCUGGAGCCAAGCCAAAAACAUAAUGAAUCUGCAAAGAGAUUACUCCAAAUGAAGAAAGUAAUAAAGCAUGAAAUAAAACAAACAACUGAAAAUAUUUAUGUUUAUAUUGAGUCCAAAAAUAUUCCUCAACUUAUUUAUAUGACUUGUGUAUAUAGAAAACUAACAGAAAUUUGUUGUCAAUGUUUUGAUUUCCUUCAAAAAGGAAUUGCAUGCAAACAUCUUUGUGCUGCAUCACUUUAUAUUGAUGAUCUUUAUAAACAAGAUCAAUAUGCCUAUUUACCUAAAAUAAUCUUUGCAAUUUAUGAAAAAGCACAAGAUAUUCAUUAUAGUACAACUUAUGAAGAAGCACAAGAUAUUUGUCACAAUCUAUAUGAUGAUAAAUUGAAAAAUAGUGAAAGUGCAAAUAACCUUGAUAAUCUAAAUACUCUAAUAACUUACCUCUAUGAUAUUGUUACAUCGAAUUCCUUUAAAAAAGUACAAAACCUAGUAGAUCUUAUAUAUGAUGACACAAAUCUUUAUAAAUAUAUCACUUCUAAGACUAAUAUUAUUCCACUAGAGCAAGAAACUAAAUAG